UGAACUGGGUCUUAUUCUUAUUACCCAAUAUUCUUGAAGAAAUCUUUAUGAAAAAAAAGUCCUACCUUUUGAUGUUUGAUGUAAUUUUGAGUCUACCAAGGUUCCAACUCGUCUAACAGCUCCAUGACAGGACCGGGCGUAUUAUUAUACCUUGAUCUGGCUCCAUAUAAUUUCCUCGGGGCCCAUAUACGAUUGCAUUUUUUUCUUCCUUUUUUUCAUAAUUCUGAAUCUGCUAUGCCAUUUGUUUGUAACUCCCGCCACCUCACAGCGAUGAGCUGUAAUGCCUGCAUGGAGCGUUGGCCUUCUCGCUUUUUUAUUGGCUGCUUCAUUUGCAUUGACAUGUUCCUGUCUAACGGGGCUUUCCCGCCGACGCAUGGCCGCACGGUGUUUCGAGCCCGAAACGCAAAAGCAGCUCUGUCGAGUUGGCAGCCGUCAAAACCAAUAGGCGGGUCUUGGACUAAAUGGCCACGAAUGCUUCGAGUUAGGUUCGCGAUGUGGCACUCGCACAGGCAAAGUCGCGGCUGGGAAAAGAGGGAGAGUGGAUAGGGAAUCGCUAGGGAUCGCUAGGGAUCGUGAAGGAUUAGUAGAGAUCACAUGGGUUGGUGCAUAUGG